AUACAUUUUGGGUUAAAAAAAACCCCUCGGCUGUCCAGCCAUUAUUCUCCCAUACAAAUGAAUGGACUUUACCUGUCUGCUCUACACCCUGCUCUCAGCCACCCGCCGUUGCCAAGGUUUCCGUGUACGCGCUGCCUGGGAGAGCGGAGCCGCGCGAUUGUCAUACAGUACUGCCAGACAUGGCGGCGGAGCUACAACCCGAGUGGAUUUCUUGUCUCCCGUCUUCCUGGAGUUAUGGUGUUACUCGGGAUGGACGUGUCUUCUUCGUUAACGAAGAAGCCAAGAGUACAACCUGGCUGCAUCCAGUAAGUGGUGAGGCAGUUAUAACCGGGCACAGGAAAACUCCAGACUUACCCACCGGAUGGGAGGAGGGAUAUACGUUUGAGGGAGCACGGUGCUUUAUCAACCACAAUGAACGGAAGGUGACCUGCAAGCAUCCUGUGUUAGGCUUACCCUCGCAAGACAACUGCAUCUUUGUCAUCAACGAACAAUCUGCUUCCAAAGUGCCGGCGAAUGAGAAGAAGGAACGACCAGUAAGCACCAUGAGUGAGGCCUCUAACUACACGGGCGGCUCGGAGCAAGCUGCAAACCCCAGUAGCCCCGGAGGAAGGCCCUCAAGACCUUCUAAAAAAAUUCACAACUUCGGGAAACGAUCCAACUCCAUCAGGAGGAAUCCCGGUGCCCCGGUUAUCAAGAGAAACUGGCUGUAUAAACAGGACAGUACAGGGAUGAAGCUAUGGAAGAAGAGGUGGUUUGUCCUUUCUGACCUCUGCCUCUUCUACUACAGAGAUGAAAAAGAGGAGGGGAUUCUCGGCAGUAUCCUCCUGCCAAGCUUUCGUAUAUCCAUGUUGUCUGUGGACGAUCACAUUACCAGAAAAUAUGCCUUCAAGGCGACACAUCCCAACAUGAGGACGUACUACUUUUGCACAGACACAGCCAAAGAGAUGGAAUCUUGGAUGAAAGUGAUGACAGAUGCUGCACUCGUGCAGUCAGAGCCAGUCAAAAGGUUGGACAAACUAAAAGUGGAGCAGUGUGGACCUCAAGAGAUCAACCAUGUGGCCAACCAUAGAACAGAAACCGAAAUCCAGAAGAAUGAGCGCAACCGUGAGGUUGACCGUGAGCACGCAGCCGUCUCCCCCACCACAGAAGAAGAGGAGAGAAAGCAGCGAGAUGCAGAGCGCUACGGCUUCCAGAAGGAUGGGGCCGACCGUGAACGUCCACUCACCAAAAUAAACAGUAUCAAACUGCAGCCAGCGCAGGCGGCAGCCAUCAAGGCUAAUAUGACCUCGCCGCAGCCUCAGACCGAGGUUGACGGAUCACAACACAGCCCCCAAGUUAAUGGAUCUGGAGAACAGCGUCCAGCUAAUGGGACUGGAGUCCCUCCUCUGCAAAGUUCCCCACAUGAGCCGGAUCGCAGCCUGAGUCGGACCAGCUCGAUGCAGCAGCUGGAGCAGUGGGUUCGCACACAGAGAGGACGUGGCCAGGACGACGAUACCAGAAGCAUCACAUCGUACCAGACGCUGCCUAGAAAUUUGCCAAGCCAUCGGGUACCCUACAUGCCUCAUUAUGGAGAUGGAUAUUGCAGUAUGCCCAGGAAUAGCAUGGCACAGCGGGACAGCAUCUGCAGCAUGUCCCCAUCGGUAUAUGACCAGGCCAUGGGUCCUUCAAUGACUGAGAAACGCCGCUCCAUGCGCGAUGACACCAUGUGGCAGUUGUACGAAUGGCAGCAAAGGCAGGCCUACAGCAGGCAGCCAGGGCUGUACAGCAAUAUGGCCAGUCCCAAAACCAUGAUCAACUUGUCAGAGCAUGCUGCACCGAGCCACUCCAUCCCCCCCUCGCCCUCCCACGGCUCCCUGUCGAUGUACGGCGGCUACUCUCCAAUGAGAUCUUACAACAUGGGCAACACUCGCUCUGAAAUUUCCUCUCCCAUCUUCCGAAGAGACAUGACUGUUGAGAGACGGCAGAGGCCACCAGUCAACAAGUAUGCUUACCUGCCUGAUAGGAGGUCUAUGCCAGCAGGGAUCCCAAUCCAGACCAUCACUGCCCAGUCUUUACAAGGCAAAACACCUGAGGAACUGACUUUGCUGCUGAUAAAGCUGCGUCGGCAGCAGGCAGAGCUAAACAGUAUCCGGGAGCACACUGUAGCACAGCUUAUGCAACUAAACAUGGAUGGCGACAACCCAAAGAACGACAUUCUUUCUCACCACCUCCAAAGGAACCUCAUGUAUUUGGACAAUCAGAUGAAGGAAAAUGAGCCUUUAAUCGUCAUGACUCACACUUUGAUUGAGAACUCUGCCCCAAGGCCUCAACUUUACCAGCAAAUGAGUCCAGAGAACUACAGGGAACAAGCCUAUACAUGCAUGCCAGAAGAAGUGGACACUGAUACUAAACUUAGCAUGCUGUGUGAGCAGGACAAAAUGGUCAGGAUACAGGAGGAAAAACUGCAGCAGCUGUACAGAGAGAAGCACACUCUGGAGACAGCACUUCUGUCAGCUAGCCAGGAGAUAGAGUUGGGCUCCGACAACCCGGCUGCCAUGCAGAGUGUCGUGCAGCAGAGAGACUUGCUGCAGAGCGGCCUCCUCAGCACUUGCAGAGAGGUGUCCAGAGUUACUGCCGAGGUGGAGCGGUUAUGGAGGGAAUAUGACAGGAUGGAAGGAGAUGUGACUAUGGCUAAGAACAACCUGCUGGAGCAGCUAGAAGCACUGGGAAGCCCUCAGACAGAACCACCCAGCCAGCAGCAUGUCCGCAUCCAGAAGGAGCUGUGGAGGAUUCAAGAUGUGAUGGAGGCCCUGAAUAAACACAAAGCCCAGAGAAAUGCUCUUGAUGGGAUGGGUUUCUAUGGGCCCAAAGCCAACUUCAGUAAGCACAAAAAUGAGGAGGAGGACUCUGUACCCCCACGGCCACCCCUACCCCAGUCUUACGAGCCCAACCCCCCCACCGUGCCCCCUAUGCCGUCUCAUCCCGGCGUGCGCCCUUCAUCACUCCACAAGCCAGAGGACAGGAAGGCCAAUCACAGGAAUAGCACGCACAGCGGUCCUGACUACAGACUGUACAAAAGUGAGCCAGAACUCACCACAGUGGCCGAAGUGGAUGAGAAUAAUGGAGAAGACAGAUCUGAAUAUCCAUCUGAUAGAGAACAUGUUGGAAAUAAAGGUAUGUCCUAUCCAGUUGGUAUCGUCCCACCAAGGACCAAAUCUCCAGUGCCUGAUUCCUCCUCCAUAGCUUCAUAUGUUACAUUAAGAAAGAGCAGGAAGCCUGACCCUAGAACGGAGCGUCCACGCAGUGCAGUGGAGCAGCAGCUGUGUGCUGUGGAGAGCAGCCGACCCAGGAUGAGCGUGGAGGAGCAGCUGGAGAGGAUCCGUCGCCACCAGCAGGGUACCCUCAGGGAGAAGAAAAAAAGCCUCAGCAUCAGGGGUAGCAGCCAGGAGAACACACCCUCUCGCAGCCACUCAUUUACUAAAGAAAACCAUUACCGCAACACGCAGUUUCAAGUGAGACGCAGAGAUGAGGUGAUAAGCAGUGACAUUCAGGAGCUGGAGGCCUCUCUCAGGCAGCAGGAGGUGGUGGGGGAGCAGGAGACGCCCGCUGAGGAGAUAGCUCGUCUCAAAGAAUCCUCCCAGGCUGAUCACUUUAAUGUCGACCGAGAGCUUUCUGUGCCUGACAAAGUGCUCAUUCCUGAGCGUUACAUUGAAUCGGACCCUGAGGAGGCUCUGAGUCCUGAGCAGGAGGCUGAUAAGCAGAGAAAAGUCGACCGCAUCAAAGCCCUCAUAGCCAAAAACAGCAUGCAGAAUGUGCUGCCUAGUCUGGCUCUGAGCCCUGAGGAGGAGACUGAAGAGGAGGUUACUGUACAGGAAAAGGAGAAGAUGAUUAAUAUCUCCUAUGAGCUGGCAGCCGAGGCCUCCAAACGCAGCAAGCUGGUAGCAGUGAAAAGCCUGUCGUCCUCUUCCCCACCCCAUCCGCAGUCUCCCACCACCACACCCCCCCAGCUCACUGACGGUUCUCACUUCAUCCCAGGCUCUGGCCUCAGUGAAAACCUACACAUGAAGGAAGCAGCUGGGGAGGCCUGAAGCGGCUCCUGAGGACUUUCCUAAAGAGUUCAGCACAAGGCCUUUGGCUACAGAGUGAAACUGCCUACUUCAUACUCAUGGGUCUCAACCUCUGACUUCUGUAUUGCUCACUGUGACGUCUUAAGCUCCUCCCUCUUCGGGGGGCAACAAUCUUCUCAACCUGGCAAGACAGCACAUGGAUUCAUACCGUUUUACUGCUGCAGUUUCAGUUUUUACAAGGCUUUUAUAAUCAUUUUUAUUAUUUAUAUGGUUUUAUUAGGUUUUUGUGUUCGAAUCUGGGCCAAAGUCUAUCUGUAUAUACAGGAGGCUAAUAGACUGAACUCUGUUCUGAGCCUGAUAGCCUGUGGCAGAGUAUGUUGGUCUGUUAUACGUUUUCAUUCAUGUUUCAUCAACUGUUCGAAAAAGUUUCAGAAGCAAGUUUCACAUUUUCUCUGCAUUUAAUUAAGCCUUUAAUAAUUCACUUAAUUUUUUCCCCCCACACAUUCGACAUCAUCUAACCAGGCAUAUUUAUCCAUUUAUUGUAAAGAACAUGUGUCUAUGCUAAAGAUGAGUAGAUAAAAGAUAUAGAUCCCUCCAUUAUUAUAUAAGGAGGAACCAUUUUAUUGCUGCAGACUAAGAGUAUUUGUAAUUUCUCAUACUUCUGAGUUCUAAUUAUUUAAAGAUGGGAUUUGAAGUCCCUGGCACUUUGUUGCCAAUGCAUAUGUGAAUGUUCUGACUUGAGUCAAUCUAUACUGUCCUUUUUUUUUAAAUUGCUGAGAGAUAUAUUUAAACUGAGAGAUGGAAAAAGAGAUCUUGAUUAUAUUUUAUGACAAAAAAUCGAGAACAUUUAUGACAUGUUGGUUUGGAGCCCUGGAACUAAAAGAAAACAGGAUAAGGAUGUGUAAAAAGCAAUAGAAAUAACCCCUUUCUGAAUCUGAGAUAAUUUUUUGUGUGUACAAAGUGUAAUUAUCAGAGAUUUACUGUGUAUAUAAUGUACAUGGUAUAUCUGGAUGGGAGGAUAUGUUCAACAUACAGUUACAUACUAGAUUUAAUUUGCAAAUGUUCAUAUCCCAUCUGUUUUAUAUCAUGUUAAAUAAAUGUUUCUGUUCCUAA